CAUAACCAAGCACCAGCUGGGCAUACACGACGCGGACAGACAGCCACUUCGCCCACUUACCAUACCCUCUCUCUGAACCUUCAUCCUCUUCCUUCUUACGACUGAGAGGGAGAUUAAUUGCUUUACUUAGCUCGCCCCAACGACAAUUGCAAUACUGGGGCUCCUUUCUGCCAUCGCCAUGUUCACACGUCGUGCGUGUGCCAGCGUACGCAGCGCUUUCCCCGCCCAACAUACGGCAGUUGUCCGUUCCCGGCCCUUUGUUGCUAUCGCUGCUACACAGGGUCCAGCACGCAGUCCUGCGCUCGCCGACAUCACGCCUGAUAGCGCCUUGAGCUUCAGUGAGAAACAGAAGGACUUCCGUGACGGUCUAGUAGCAGCUCAGAAGCAGAAAGAACAGCAAGAGAAAGAAGCCCGCGCCCGUGAGCAAGAGAGCGGUAAGAAGAAAGGCGGAGCACUAUCUUCACUCAUCUAUGGCACGCCCGAGGGCCGCGAUCUCGACAAGGACAUAGAGCGUAGCUUUUCCCAGGUCCUAGCUCGCGGGAAGUAUGUCCACUCGAUCGUCUUCCACGAUGUGAAGCCGGACAAGGUUGACGAAUAUACGGAGCUUGUGGGCAGUUGGUACCCGAAGAUGGCAUCUAUUCCCGAGAAUAAAGUGCAUCUCGUGGGGAGCUGGAGGACCGAGGUAGGCGACUGCAACACGUUUGUGCACAUCUGGGAAUAUCAACGGUAUGAAGGCUAUCAUCAGUCGUUGCACAAUAUCCAGUCCCAUUCCGACUUCCCUGCAUUCGAUGCCAAACUCAAGGCGUUGAUUUCCUCCAAGCACACGUCGCUCAUGCAGGAGUUUUCCUUCUGGCCAACAACCCCGCCGCGCGAGCUCGGCGGCUUGUUCGAAUUGCGCUCCUACACGCUACAUCCGGGUAAUCUGCUGGAAUGGGAGACACACUGGCGACGUGGCUUGAAAGCACGUCGAGAAGUCAUGGAAGGUGUUGGUGCGUGGUUCGUACAAAUUGGCGAUUUGAACACGGUGCACCAUCUAUGGCAAUUUGCCAACCUGGAGGAGCGCAAGGUUCGUCGUGAACAGAGCUGGAGCGUUGAAGGCUGGGGAGAAACGGUACAUAAAACAGUGCCGCUCAUCCAGACUAUGAAGAGCAGGAUCCUCAUUCCAUGCUCCUGGAGUCCAGUCGCAUGAGCUUGGUUGGAGCAGGAACAAGCAUGCACCACCUGGAGACAUAAUUUUUUACUGCACAGAACACUCAGAUCUCAAAGACAAUGCAUAUCUGUGCACAGAUAUUGGAGGGAGUGUUACGAUUGGAAGCUGAGAAUGAUAAAUGCCAUGCAUGGUAUGUAAGAAAAAGCAGUCAGUCGCCAUCUCAGAUAGCAACAACCAGUGACAGAUAAUUAUGCGCCAUCUCCAUAAAUGCUAUCGUG